AUGCCCAGCGAUGACGCCAACACUGCCCCCGAAAAUGGACGCAAGAACGGCGAUUCUAUGGCACCACCGCCAUCCAUACCCAACACCAUGAAGCGUUGGCUUGUCCGCAACUUCACCGCGCCGGACGGGCUUCAGAUGGAAGAAGUGCCCAUGCCAGAGCUCGGUCCCAACCACGUCCUCGUCAAGC